AUGAGAAGUGUAUGGUACAAGUUGAAGUCUCUUAGAACCAGUUUCAGAAAGUUGAAUAUUUCUGAAUUAAAAGGAGUAACAGAUAGAAUUGCUCAAUCCAAAUCAGACCUACAUGAUGUUCAGGCUAAGUUAAUUCUACACUACUCUGAUCAACUGGUGACUGAAGAGAAAACAUUGUUAGAAAAACUGGAAAAAUGGUCUUUAAUUGAAGAAAGUAUACUCCAACAAAUAUCAAGAGCUACAUGGAUAAAGUUAAGGGAUUCCAAUACAAAAUAUUUCUCCACUGUAAUGAAAGAUAGAAACCACAAGAAGACUAUAUCUAUGCCAAUUGCUCUGGAUGUCACUCUAUUGACAGAAAAUAGGAAAAUACAAAUAGAGAUCAUUACCUUUUACAAAUCACUCAUGGGCAAAGCAUGCACUACACUGCCAAUAGUGAAUAUACAGACAAUGAGACUGGGACUUGUAUUGAAUCAUGCUCAACAGUUAGACUUAUGUGCCAAUGUCACUGAUCAGGAGAUAUAUGCAGGUUUAUGUUCUAUUGGGGAUGAUAAAGCUCCGGGGGUGGAUGGGUAUAAUGCAUUGUUCUUUAAGAGAGCUUGGCUAGUGAUCAAGAUGGAAAUAUGUGAAGCAGUCAAGAACUCUUUUGUUACAGGCAAACUGUUCAGAGCAAUAUUGGCUACUAGAUUGCAGAAGGUGAUGCCAUUAAUCAUUUCAGAUACUCAGGCUAGUUUCAUUCCAGGAAGAAAAGUAGCAGACAAUGUACUAUUAGCUCAUGAGCUAGUAAAGGCUUAUUCCAGGAAAAAUACCUCCCCAAGGUGUGUAACCAAGGUAGACAUCCAAAAAGCUUAUGAUAUAGUGGACUGGAAUUUUUCGCACCAGGUGAUUGUUUGUUUGAGAUUCCCAGACAGAUUUACUAGUUGGAUAAUGACAUGUGUGUCUACAGUCAAUUAUUCAAUCAUAGUGAAUGGGGAACAUACAAAACAAUUUGAUGCUGUCAGGGGACUAAUGCAAGGAGAUCCUGUUUCUCAAUUCUUAUAG